UCAAAACAGUGGUUUUAUUUUUUUAUCUAUUUUAGCUUUAUUCAACUUCAGCUUCUUCGAUAUUACUGAAUCAAAAAUCAAAAAGCUCAAAUCGGCCAUGCUCAGAUCCAGCCUUGCUUCCUUAAUCGUCGACCUCAAUUUGCGGCGCACGUUACGUCUUUCUUCCCCGGCGGCGCAUCUUAGCCGUUCCUCAGGCUGCGUUUUCGCUCCCCGUCACUCCUCCCAAAAAGCUAUAACCUUUAGGGUUCAGCGAUGUCGUCCCCACCACCGCGUAACACCCUCCUUCUCUUCCUCUUCAUACCCACCACCACCCUCCUCUUCCUCCAAAGUUCUUACACUGCCCACCGUCUUAACCCUUUGUCGUGUUGCUGCCGUUCCACUUCUCGUCGCAACGUUCUACGUUGAUGGUUGGUGGGGAGCAACUGCCACCACAAGCAUCUUCGUUGCAGCAGCCGUUACUGACUGGCUUGACGGCUAUCUUGCACGCAAGAUGAAGUUAGGUUCUGCGUUUGGAGCGUUUUUGGAUCCUGUUGCAGAUAAGCUUAUGGUCGCAGCUACACUCAUCUCACUGUGUACAAAACCUAUCGACGUUGCUGUGUUAGGACCAGUCCCAUGGUUACUAACGGUACCGUCUAUUGCAAUCAUUGGUAGAGAGAUUACAAUGUCCGCAGUGAGAGAAUGGGCUGCAUCUCAAAAUGGAAAGCUUCUAGAGGCCGUUGCGGUUAACAACUUGGGAAAGUGGAAAACCGCCACGCAGAUGACAGCACUAACCAUACUUCUCGCAAGCCGGGACCUCAGCGUUGGAUGGCUCGUAGCUUCCGGUGCUGGGUUGCUUUAUGUAUCAGCAGGACUAUCGGUUUGGUCUUUACUCGUUUAUAUGAGGAUGAUAUGGAAAGUACUGCUGAAGUAGGUUGUAAUCUAUCUAUCUAUCGGUUUUGUUUUGCUUUAAACCUGCAUUUGCAUAUAAGCAUUGAUGGAGUGUCUCGCUCAUAGUCUGUACAGUAGCACAAGAUUUGAAUAUGCUGUUGAGCAGGAAUCUUGUGGGGGAAAUGAUUGAACAGCAGGUAGUAAUGAAGCAGUUGUAGUAGUUUGAGAAUAUGCUAGAUGGUUUUGCUCUGCUCUGCACUUAGCAGCUUCUUGUUUAAUUAAUAAUAUUUUAUUGAAAAAAAUGUUCUUGUA